GCGUCUGUAUACGCAGGAGUUUCUCUAGAAAGUCCCGCAAGCCAGUUGUCGUUCGUGCAUCGUAUAUCUUGCAUACAAAUAAUAACUAUUGAAUCUCAAUCUAUGAGUUGACGUAACUUACCGGCGUGCUGUCAUUUCGAUAGUGUCCCUUGAGACCUCAACAUAAUAGGUACGAGACAAUACGAACUUAGAAAUAUGAAAUUGAAAGUGGAAAAAAUGUUCUUCUUUUUUGGUAUUUGUGCUGUAAUAAUUGGCGUUAGUGGUGUUUCUUCUGAGCAACAAUUUUUCGAGAGUAUAAAAGAGGAUAAUGCAAUGGACGUUACUGAUUUUUCUGUGUACUAUGAUUUGGAAACCAAUAAGACAAUACGGGCCAUGAUGCCCAGGCCGUGGUACAAGCCCGGAUGGUUACUUCGACUACCGUUUAGAGGCGGACCAUGCAAAUGCGAAGGCAUGCGUUGCAAAUGCUGUACCGGUAUUCGAGUGCAAGCUUUCAAUUUGGAUAGACAAACAUGCGGUAUUUUAACAUACGACUCUCAACAGUCUACCAUCGAUUUCGAAGUCGUCAUGAAUAAUGCAAGCGUGCGAAAGGAUUCCUUUUCGACUCGGAACCCACCACCUUUCUGUGUGCCUAUACCAGUCCCGUAUUUACCACCUGGCUUAGUUGACAUGUGUGUGAGAUUAUUCGACAUCACAGUAGUGGAUCAAAAGCUGCACGUUUGUAUGGAUAUGGAUACUAGAAUCGACAUGGCACCGAUAGUGAUUUUACAUUUCGACUGCAUGGAUAUGGGGGCAGGAGGUGUUAGUUUGACCAAACCUGGUGGUUCGGAUUCAAAUGGCUUAUUACCUGGAGUUACUGCACCAGAGCCCGGGCAAGUGGAUAGCGAUGUGUACGACCCCGUUAGUCAAAAGGAAGAGACGACGGAAAAAAUAUUUUUCAACAAUAGUAUUAAAUACAUUUAAGUUUUAUAUUUGAUUU